AUGUCGGUCAUAGCAGUCCGUGAGGGCACUUUGGCAAAUAACUCAUUGAGCCUCAAAAAUGAAAAUAUUUACAAUUUUUUCGGCCCAGGAGCAGUGAGUGGAUUCGAUUUUACUCCUCUUUUUGAGGAUUCAAUUUUAUCUUUAUUACCAUCCGCACUACUUCUUAUCUGCGUGCCGUAUCGAAUCAUCACUCUCUAUCGCCAACGCCCAAAAGUUUCACCAGGAGGCUUCUUGUACGAGAGCAAGAUCACAUUUCUGGGUGUCUUCGCGGCAAUACAUCUAGUCUUGCUCAUUUUACAUGUUCUUAACUCCUCACUUCGUACUCAAGCUACUAUUGCUGCAUCGGCAUUGUCCUUCAUCGCCAGUCUCAGUCUCUGUUUGCUCUCACAUCUUGAGCAUGGACGCUCCGUUCGUCCAUCGCCCUUGAUCAAUGGGUAUAUUUUAUUGACAUUGCUAUUUGAUGUGGCUCGUUGCCGCACCCUUUUUCUUGAUGGAGCAAGCAAAGCAAUUUCAGGGUGUUUUGCGGGCAUGAUCGGUGUCAAGAUAAUGGUUCUGCUGGCCGAAGCAACCGAGAAGCGAAGUAUUCUGCUUACUCCUUAUCAUGGCCUGUCACCAGAAGAGACAAGUGGGAUUUAUUCUCUCUCUUUCUUCUUCUGGUUGAAUCAGCUCAUGACGUCGGGGUUUCGCGGGGUUCUUCGCAAUGAGGAUCUCUAUCCGAUCGACAGCGAUAUGACUGCCGAGGUCCUUCAACGAAGAAUGAAACAUUCCUGGGAAAAAGCGUCUCAAGAGAAACCAAGGGCGCUUUUCUGGGCGGUUAUGCGGGCGAACACAAAAGGACUGCUUUAUUGUAUCAUACCACGCCUGUGCCAAAUUGGCUUCCGCUACGCGCAGCCGUUCCUAUUGUCACGAACAAUUUCAUUUGCAAGUGAUACAUCACAACCUGACAGUGUUGGCUGGGGUCUGACAGGGGCAUUCUUUUUGGAUCUUCUUGGAGUUGGCAUUUCAAAUGGUAUCUUUUACCAUAUGUCCUAUCGUUUAGUUACUAGCAUCCGCGGGAACUUGAUCAGCCUAAUCUAUGCAAAAACCCUGGACCUUAGCAUCACCGCUCUGGAUGAGUCGGUAGCAGUCACUCUCAUGUCCACUGAUGUGCAGUCAAUAUGCGAUGGCUUUACAAACAUCAACUCGUUUUGGGCUGUGCCAAUCGAGAUAAUAAUCGGCCUCUACCUUUUAGCUCGCCAGCUGGGAGUCGCUUGUGUCGCCUCUGCCGGCAUCGCUUGCUUUUCGACUAUUGCAAUAUUGUCGAUAUCUAAAUGGAUGAGUCACGGGCAGCAAAUUUGGAUGAGGAGUAUCCAAACACGAGUAGACUCCACAGCAACGAUGCUGGGUUCAAUGAAAUCUGUUAAGAUGCUUGGCUUCACAGACUGGCUGGCGAAGCUUAUCCAAGGCCUGCGAGUGGAUGAGCUCCAAGAAGCAAAGCUCCUUCGACGUCUCCUAUGCCUUCGCGUGUUUCUAGCAAAUCUUUUGGGCACUUUCGGUCCUUUCCUGACUUUACUAGUUUACACUACUCGCCCGAAUAGUAAUGGACUCUCUGCAGACACUGCAUACACAACUCUGACACUGAUCUCCCUCCUUUCAACUCCGGUUAACACACUCAUCAGAUCUAUCCCUGAGAUGGCAACUGCACAGGCCUCUCUGAUCCGAAUUCAAGAAUUCUUGCACUCUGACUCUCGACUUGAUCACCGGAUCUUCUUCAAUGAAAAUAGCAGCUCCAGUUCUUCGGAGCCAUCGAUCUCUCAGGGCAUUGAACUUUCAGAUUUUAAUACAUCUUCUUCCACCUCAAACACACAGACAGAUGUAAUCGUGGCUCGCGACGCCGGGUUCUCAUGGAAUUCGAACUCGACUUUCUCAGUUCAUGACAUAAACAUCAGUGUUCAACCGGGGCAGUUUUGUAUCGUUAUUGGACCCACCGGAUGUGGAAAAAGUACCUUACUCAAAGGAAUUCUUGGAGAGACGCCAUCUACCAAAGGGUUUCUCUAUACGUCUCAGCGACACACGGCAUUCGUAGACCAGACGCCCUGGAUUCGCAAUACUUCAUUCCGGGAUAAUGUUCUUGGCACCUCUGUGUUUAAUGAGGAGUGGUAUGAUGAAGUGGUGAAAGCCUGUGCAUUGGACCAGGAUAUUCAAAUGUUACCAAAUGGGCACUUUACAAAGGUGGGCUCAUCUGGAAUAUCACUUUUGGGGGGCCAGAAGCAGCGUCUAGCACUGGCUCGUGCUGUGUAUUCCCGCAAGGAAGUGGUCAUCCUGGAUGAUGUCUUCUCUGGACUAGACGCCGACACGGAAGAGCGUAUAUUUAUGAAGUUACUCUCGAAACAAGGCUUAUUUCGAAGAAUGGGGACUACAGUCCUCCUGGCUACUCACGCUGUCCACAGACUUUCAUAUGCGGAUCUCAUCGUCGCCAUGGAUCAUCAAGGCACGAUAGCCGAGCAGGGGACCCUGGCAGAGCUAGAGGCAAACGAUGGAUACGUUGCCCUCCUGAAGGCACGCUACCGAUCUGAGAGCACCGAUGAUACUGCUGCGCCUCAAGAACAGCAUACAGUCCAGUUGGCAAAAACAGAGUUGGAAGAAACCCCAGAACUUGAGGCUGUGGCAGUCGAGCUCACCAGGCAAAAUGGAGACCUUUCUCUCUAUGCAUAUUACCUUGGAUCAGUCCACUGGUCAUCCACUGUCUUAUGGUUGGGGUGCUUUGUCCUGGCAAGUACUUCAAUGAAGAUGAGUGAAUACUUGAUCAAUUUCUGGACAAGUGCUUCGACUCGGCAAGGGCGAAGUGUCGAUGGAUUUUAUCUCGGAAUUUAUGGAAUGCUGGCAGCAGUGGCAACCGUUGGCCUCAUCGGGGGUGCCUAUCACUAUAUCAUCUACUUUGCCGCGCAAAGUGCUAUGAGUCUUCAUGAGCGACUUGUGCGGUCGGUGAUGAAUGCACCGCUUUCAUUCUUUACUUCAACGGAUAUUGGGACCACGACGAAUAGAUUCAGUCAAGACAUGACCUUAAUUGAUCAUGACUUGCCAUACUCCGUCAUAGAUUUCAUUCUAUCACUGACCUUGGGUCUCAUGUCAAUGAUAUUGAUGUGCAUUUCCGCCUCUUAUUUCGCUGCAGUCGUACCAGUAGUCUUUCUGUUUAUGUGGAUGUUACAGAAGUUCUAUCUCCGCACAUCGCGGCAGAUGCGAUUCCUCGAUCUGGAAGCCAAAUCACCGCUAUUCUCUCAAUUCAUCGAGAGCUUGUCAGGUCUUGUAACUAUUCGAAGCUUCGGCUGGACUGAAGCCUUCGAGUCCCAAAGUCUGGCUCUGUUAGAUACAUCUCAAAAGCCCUUCUAUCUUUUGUUCUGUAUCCAAAGAUGGCUCGAACUUGCACUCGAUAUUUCCGUUGCGAUCCUCGGUGCAAUUCUCAUGGUUCUGGUAGUCAAAUUGCGAACAGAGCUCGGCGCUGGGUAUGUCGGUUUGGCCAUCCUCAACGUUAUUACUUUCAGUCAGUCGUUAUCGGAUAUCUUGCGGAACUGGGCUCAGCUAGAAACAUCCAUCGGUGCCGUCUCCCGUGUCCGUGACUUUGUUAAGCACACUGCCAAUGAGAACAGACCAGAAGAGAAUGGCACAGCCGGGUUUCCUGGCAAUGAUUUCUCAAACUGGCCGAGUAAGGGGCAGAUCGAGUUCCGAAAUGUCGACGCGUCGUAUAAUGCAGGCGAUCAAAAAUACGUUCUCCGAAACUUGAGCAUGUCGAUCAAGGCAGGUGAGAAAAUCGGCAUUUGUGGACGCAGUGGCAGUGGCAAAAGUUCACUUCUAGCAAGCCUGUUCCGGAUGCUAGAGGUGGAGUCUCACAGUCAAAUUCUCAUUGAUGGUGUUGACAUUACUCGCAUUCCUCGGCAAACGACCCGACUCGCGUUGAACGCGAUCCCGCAGGAACCAUUCUUCACACAUGGAUCUGUGCGUGCAAACAUGGAUCCAUACCAAAGCACAGACACAGGUGCGAUUGAAGAAGCUUUACGACGCGUUGAGUUAUGGGAUAUAGUUCAGGCAAAGGGUGGGUUAGACGCCCAGCUGGAGGCUAACUUCUUCUCUCAUGGCCAACGGCAACUGUUCUGUCUCGGUAGAUCACUAGUCCGUGGUAGCAAAGUGAUUAUUCUAGACGAAGCCACAAGUAAUGUUGAUGUUGUUUCUGAUGCUCUUAUGCAGCGGAUUAUCCGAGCGCAAUUCGCCGACUGCACAAUCUUGGCUGUGGCUCAUCGUCUGGAAACAAUCGUGGAUUUUGAUCGCAUUGCCGUCAUAAAGGGUGGAAGGCUGGUUGAAUUCGAUACUCCAAAAGCACUCUUUGAGAGAGACAGCGCUUUCAAGGAGCUUUAUGAGUCUUGA